ACUCAUCAAAUCUCAACAUACUUCCCACUUUAUACUCUCUCUCUAAAACUCUCUCUCUAUAAAACCUGGUCUUCCUUGCUAAUCUUGUUUCUUUUUCUAUUAAUUUUGUAUCAUUUUUUUUAUUUUUCUUUCUGGCUUGAAAGUUAUAAUUAUUAUUAAAGAAUGGCAGCACCCAACAUGGAGACGAUCACCGCAUCACUUGAAAGAUCUCUUCAAAGCUUCUCGUUAAACCACCGUACCACCACCACCACCAGCGGCGGAGACACCGCCGGAGAGUCAACGAACACCCAUUGUGACCGGUCAACAAACUCUUCCGAUGCCACGUUGGAACUCAAUUCCAAUAUAACUCUACCAUACCAUUGGGAACAAUGUCUUGAUCUAAAGACGGGCGAGAUGUAUUACAUAAACUGGAGAACCGGUAUGAAAUCGAAGGAGCAUCCACGGAUGGUGGACCAAAGUUUUAGCGGCUCCUAUUACAGCGAAGACGAUGAGGAGGAGGAGGAGGAGGAGGAGGAGGGGGAGGACGAGGACGAAGAAAGCUCAUAUGCGGAAAGCGAAAGUUCAUCGGUGGAGUCAUCGCCAGCGGCUUCAUCGUCGAGAAAAAGGAAGCAAAAUGAGGUGGAAGAUGAAGGAGAGAGUAGAAUAGGAGGGGGGAAUGUAUUAGUGGUGGCCGGAUGUAAGGGAUGUUUCAUGUACUUCAUGGUGCCUAAACAAGUGGAAGAUUGCCCCAAAUGUUGUGGUCAACUACUUCAUUUUGACCGAUCCGAUGAUAAUUAAAUCUUUGUCAUGUGUUAUUUCGGUUUUGUUGGUGGGUAAGAAGUUGAUCAUCAGAUCAUUAGAGGUUUCUUGUGUGGAUUUUAAAAUCAGAUUAAUUUAUGGUAAUUCUUUUUGUGUAUUGAUGUAUUGAUUUGCUUUUUGUAGGUGAUUAAAUAUGUGUUGAAAUGAUUAUAAUUGGGAGUUACUUGUAA